AUGGGUAAAAAGAAAACAAAUAAAUUAGUUGUAAAUCUCUCAGAUGAUGAAGAAAAUGAAAUUAAAAAUGAAGAAAAUAUAAAAAAAGAUGAUGAAAAAUCAGAAGAAAAUAAUGAUAAUAAUGAUAAUAAUAGUGAUAAUAGUGAUGAUGACGAUGAUGAUGAUGGUGAUAAUACUGAAAAAGUUGAAACUAAAGGUAAAAUGGUACAAAGACAUAAAAUGGAAAUAAAGAAAUUACAACAACAAAUUGAUAAAUUAAAUCAUGCAAUCCCAAAAAAAGAUAAAAAAGCCAAAUCUGACCUUUUAGAGAAAACUAAAAAGAUGGAAGAUGAUUUAAAGAAAAAGCAUCAACAAGAAUUGGAACAAUGUGAAAAACUAAAUAAAACUACACAAUCAAUUGAAGAAUUAAAUCUUGAACAACAACAAUUACAACAAAAACAACCAUCAAAAGCAUACCUUAAAAAAGCACAAAAAUUAAAACAAGAAGAAGAAAGAAUGAAACAAUUAGAAGAAGAUAGAAAAAAUCAUGUUUCAAAAGGUGUAAUUGAAAUGAAUGAUUUCUUAGCAAAACUUAAACCAUUAAAUAAAACUGUUAAAUUUAUUCCACCAGAUGGUGAUUGUUUAUAUCAAGCAAUUACAAACCAAUUAUUAAUUAAUAAAGAUAUUAAUGAAGAAGAGAGUAAAAGUUAUGCAAAGAAAUUAAGAACAAUAGCAUCAGAUUAUAUAAAGAAUAAUAGAGAUGAAUUUUUACCAUUCAUUAUAUCAGAAGAUGAAUAUUCCACUGCUGAAGAUCCAAUUCAAGAGUAUUGUCAAGAACAAGUUUUAACCAUUGGUAAAUGGGGUGGUCAUAUUGAAUUAAAAGCAUUAUCACAAUCUUUGAAAAAAGUUAUCACUAUCUUUAAUGCCUAUUCAAAUGAUAUCAUAAUUGGUGAAGAAUUUACAAAUCCAAUUUAUUUAACUUAUCAUAGACAUGCUUUCACUUUAGGUGAACAUUAUAAUAGUGCUAUACCAAUUUCAAAUUAA